UUACUGCCACCAUGGAUGAGGAACAGUGCUACUACAACGAGACCAUCGCCUUCUUCUACAACCGCAGUGGCAAGAACCUCGCGAACGACUGGAACACGGUCAGCAGGCUGGUCAUGGGCCUCGGCAUCACCGUGUGCAUCUUCAUCAUGCUCGCCAACCUUCUGGUGAUGAUUGCCAUCUACGUCAACCGGAGAUUCCACUUCCCCAUCUACUACCUGAUGGCCAACCUGGCAGCUGCUGACUUCUUCGCUGGACUGGCGUACUUCUACUUGAUGUUCAACACGGGGCCGAACACGAGGCGGCUGACUGUUUCCACGUGGCUGCUGCGCCAGGGCCUGAUUGACACCAGCCUGACGGCGUCCGUGGCCAACCUGCUCGCCAUUGCCAUCGAGCGCCACAUCACCGUGUUCCGCAUGCAGCUCCACACACGCAUGAGCAACCGGCGUGUAGUCGUGGUGAUUGUUAUAAUCUGGACCAUGUCCAUAGUCAUGGGCGCCAUCCCGAGUGUCGGCUGGAACUGUAUCUGUAGUAUAAGCACUUGCUCCAACAUGGCGCCGCUGUACAGCAACUCCUACCUGAUCUUCUGGGCAGUGUUUAACCUGGUGACCUUUGUUGUCAUGGUGACGCUGUACGCCCACAUCUUUGUGUAUGUGCGGCAGAGGACCAUGAGGAUGUCACGGCACAGCUCGGGACCUCGACGCAACCGGGACACCAUGAUGUCGCUGCUG